AUGGCUCAUGAAAACAAAUGCCUAGACCGCUUUUCCACACAUGCACGUCAGGCCACGCAAACCAACCAAAUCACGGCUUGGCGCCCUUCUGGUCCGGACCGCGAUGAGCCAGUAUUCAAAGGCAUCUACCUCGACUCCGACAGGGCCAGAGCCAUAGAGAGAGCUACGAAAAUAAUGGAAAACCCAGCCAAGGCAGUCUUCACUGAUGCCGCAAAGGAGAACUCGGCGCUUGGAGCAGCGGCGCUGAUCAUGGACGAAUCAUACCACAUCCAGUAUGGCAUACAAGUUGGUGUUGGGCGAGAAAAGCACUGGACUGUCACAACGGCUGAGCUGCUAGCAAUAUACCAUGGACUCUACCUGGUAUGGAGAUCUCACUCAAGUGAGGGGACACCGCCCCCCCACCAACGCCACACAUACACCAUCCUCAGCGACUCCCGUACCGCUCUUCGAGCCAUCGCAAACGCCUCAAAACAAGUCGGAGGACAGAUAAUCCAGAACAUUCUGCACACAACAAAAGAGCUGAGAUCCAUAGGCGUAGACCUCUGCCUCCAGUGGGUACCAGGGCACAGUGGAAUCAAGGGAAAUGAAAUGGCCGACCAGCUCGCCAAGCAGUCAAUCAACCCAAACCCAACGCAUGGUUUCCCAAAGCCUGCCUCACACCUUAGGGAAGCCAGCCGCAACAGCACCACACAGGAGUGGAGAGAUGAAUGGUCCUCAACGGCAAAGGGGACUCACCUGCGGAAGAUAGACGCAGCCCUCCCGGGCCGACAUGCCCGCCGUCUAUAUGCCACCCUUCCAAGGCCUCGAGCAAGACUCCUGGCGCAACUCAGAACGGGCCACUCAUGGCUGAAUGAAUUCCGAAACCGAAUAAAAUACGCUGACGACAACAAAUGUGAAUGUGGAGCAAAAGAAUCGGUCCAUCACGUCCUAGUAGACUGCCCGAGACUGCAGCAACAACGUCGGGUUCUGCGACAAAAGAUCGGGGACAGGUUCAACAAUAUCUCCCUGAUGCUAGGGGGUAAACCACCAAACUGGACAAUAAAUGGGACGGAAUGGAAAAUCAGUAGGGGAGACCUCGAUGCGAUCCUAGACUUCGCUGAAAGCUCGGAAAGAUUCCAAGGCAGAGACAACUAG